AUGCACGGCCAAACAAUUAAUACUGUCUGUUGUCCUUCUUUGCUAGCCAAGAACAGCAUUGUCCAGGGCUUGGAGAACGUGGAAGCCGUGGAGGGAGGGGAAGCCCUGUUUGAAUGCUAUCUUUCCAAGCCCGAGUGCUACAACUACAACUGGCUGAUCAAUGAUGAACCUGCCAAAACUACAGAAAACAUUGAGAUGGUUUACUUUGAAAAUGGACGCAGGCAUCUGCUGCUGCUGAAGAACCUAACUCCCCGGGAUACCUGCAGGGUGACUUUCAUGUGCAGUGACGCGGUGACCUCAGCCUUCCUGACGGUGAAAGGAUGGCGGCUACAGAUCUUGCAGCCUCUCACGGAUGUGGAAGUCUCUCCGGGAGAAAAAGCUACAUUUAGCUGCAUUCUAAGUGAAGCUGUGCCAAUUACUGAAGUUGCCUGGUAUAGUAAUGACGCAGAGAUCCAUUCGGAUGAGGACUGGGAGGUACAAGCAGAUGGAAACAAAUACAAACUUAUUCUGAAAAAAGCCCAACCGCAUCAUUCUGGGGAGGUGACCUUUGCUUCCAGGGAAGCAAUUGUAUCAGCCAAGUUAUCUGUGAUAGCCCACCCUGAUCCGCCUGAAGAACCAGAAGUUUUAAGUAAGAACAGUCACUCUGUAACUCUGUCUUGGUACAAGCCGUUGAGCGAUGGCGGUUGUGACAUCCUGGGCUACAACGUGGAGAGGAAAAUCCCAGGUGUUGGCUGGCAGUCGUGCAGCAAGAGCAUUAUUCAACACACAGAGUUUAUGGUGGAUGAUCUCAUGCCAGGGGAACCCUACAGAUUCCGCGUCUCAGCUAUAAACAAAGUAGGGGCCAGUGAGCCGGUGCACUUCCCUCAGACGGUGCGGCUAGAGCCUGCAGUUACAGUCACCCAUCCUUUGGUGGGAGGAUCAGUCUCAGAAGGUGAAGUGGCUCGCUUGGAGUGCAAACUGUCAAGUGAAACGGAAGAGACAGUGACAUGGUUCAAAGGAAAAGAAAAAAUACAAGCUGGAGGGAGAUACGAGAUCCUCUCUGAUGGGAAAAAGCAGAUACUCAUCAUUCACGCAUUUAAACCCGAAGAUCAGGACACAUAUACCUGCAUGGUUUCUCCAGAAGUCAAAUCUGUUGCCAGUUUGUGUCUUGAAGUUCCCACUGUGACAAUGCUAAAGGAGAUCGCCCGGGGAGCAGCACCUGCAAGCCAACCAGAAGAGCUGGUGGAUGGCCAUGUCCAGCCCAGCUUGCCCCCUGAGGCUGCUCAGGAGGGCGACCUUCACCUUCUAUGGGAAGCUCUGGCCAAGAAACGUCGGAUGAGCCGGGAGCCCACCUUGGAUUCCAUCAGCGAGGUGCCGGAAGAGGACGAGAAGCUUCAGAAGUUGAGGAAGGAGGAGGCAGAGAUGUCUCACUAUUACUCGGAGGAGUACUCCACGUGUGAUGAGCUGGCUAGGACAGGAGAAGCAGAUUUCUCUUUCACAAGCUCAGAUGAUGAGUCUAGAGCUGGGACUCCUUCACUGGUGAACUACCUCAAGAAAGCUGGGAAAACAAGUGUCAGUGUUACUAGCAAAGUUCAGUCCGUCUCCAGAGGCAAAUUGUGGAAACAGUGGGAGAAAUCCAGUGUGGAGACUGUUGUGGCUGGCCCCCCUGCAUUACCAGAUUUAGAUGAUCCUUCCAUGAACAAGGCGGCUGUGAAGAUCCAGGCUGCUUUCAAAGGUUACAAAGUCAGGAAAGAGAUCAAGCAACAAGAGUGCCCUGUGUUUACUGAGACCUUCAAAGAUUUCUCUGGCGAGCCUGGAAGCACUCUCCACCUCGAGUGUGUGGCCCACAGCAAAACUGACAUGAAAGUCCGUUGGCUGAAAGACGGGGAGGAGCUUUCAGACGGUCGCUACUAUCACAUAGACACUUACAGUGAUGGGACCUGCUCUUUGAUUAUCACCGGCCUGGACAGGAAGGAUGCGGGUAAAUACACCUGUGAGGCAUCCAAUAAAUUUGGGAAGGUUUCACACAGUGCUAAGGUGGUUAUCGGCACUCAGGAACCCCAAGUUCCUCGUAAGGAGAAGCAGGUUAAACAAAGCACUGACAGUGAGACAGAGAGCUCGUCUGGCAGUGAGCUGGAUGAUGCUUUCCGUAAAGCAGGAAGGAGACUCCAUAGACUCUUCAGGGCCAAGAUCUCAACAGAGAUAUCUGAUGUGGAGGAAGAGCUCUUUGUCAGCGCAGAUGAAGGGGACGUAGAGGUGGUCGACCAUCAGACGUAUCGUGAGGAUGACCAGUACAUCUACAUCAAGUUUGAAAUCCUGUCUGAGGCAAGAACUGCCGCCACUCGAUUCAGGGAGAUGUUUGGUGCUCUGGGAAUUCCUGUGGAGAUUGACAUUUUGGAACAAGGCCCUAGAAAAAUCGAAUUGCGUAUUGGGAAAGCAACACCACCCACCCUUGGGAAGUUUGCACCGCCAGUAGUGAGACCUCCACCGCCUUUGCUGACUUCUGAUACAGCUCCCAUGUUCAUGACUGAGCUCCAAAACCAAGAGGUGCAGGACGGAUACCCAGUCAGCUUUGACUGCAUUGUCGUUGGCAAACCGCUGCCCACGGUUCGCUGGUUCAAGGAUGGGAAAGCUAUUGAAGAAAAUGAUCAUUAUAUGAUCAACGAGGACCAGGAAGGGUGCCACCAGCUGAUCAUCACAGCUGUGGUCCCCACUGACAUGGGUGUUUACCGCUGCCUCGCUGAAAACAACAUGGGAGUUGCUUCAACCAAGGCCGAGCUUCGAGUAGACUUGACCAGCACCGACUAUGAGACAGCAGCAGACGCAACAGAGACGUCUUCUUACUACAGUGCCAAAGAGUAUGUUUCAAGCCGAGAACAGGAGGAAUCUACCACUGAGGAGGAGCAGUUGCCCCAGAUCUUCGAUGAGCUUCAUGAUAUUCAUGUGGCAUCUGGAGCAUCACUGGCUAAAUUUCACCUGAAGGUGAAAGGGUACCCGCAGCCUCGUCUCUAUUGGUUCAAAAACGGACAGCCAUUAAAGGCCUCGGAUCGCAUCCUGAAGACUGAUAAACAGGAAUUCCACUCGCUGGAAAUUCGUGAUGUCACUAAGGCAGAUGCUGGCCAGUACUCAACAUUUGUCAUCAACUCUGCGGGUUCUGCAUAUUCAUCAGCCAGGCUGGUAGUCAGAGAUCCUGAUGAGAAAGAAGAGCCAUCAGAAACAGAUUCCCAUGAGCAGCUGAUACCACCAAAGUUCCUGGAAAGAUUUACUAACAAAAAGGUGAAAAAAGGUGCAAGCAUCACAUUAUCUGUGAAAGUUGAAGGACACCCACCACCAACCAUCACUUGGCUGAAAGAAGAGUCUCAGGAAGAUAUCCUUUGGAUCAAACCAGACACUCCUGGGUAUAAACUUGCCAGUUCAAAUAUGCACCACAGUCUAAUUCUCUUGGAUGUGAAAAAGAAGUACAGUGGAGCUUACACGUGCAUUGCUACCAACAAGGCUGGCCAGUCCAUCUGCACCGCCACCCUGGAAGUUGCUGAUGUGAAAGAGGCUGAAGUUCUGACCCAAGAGCGCGUGAUGGUGUCAGAAGCCAUCAUGACCACACUGGGAACCUUUCAUCCUUCUGAAACAAGGGAAGGAGACCUCGAAGUUGGUAGAGAAGGUGUACCCAAAAGCCCUAUUUCAUUAGCUGAUGUUGGCUCAGAAGAGUUCUUCCAGAAACUCACCUCACGUAUCUCAGAAAUGGUAUCUGCAAAAAUAAGUCAGGCUACACUUCGAGUGCCAGGUGCAGAAAGCGAUGAUGAAUCCAAAACUCCCUCUGCAUCUCCUCGCCAUGGACGAUCCAGACCUUCAUCCAUUGCUCAGGAGUCCUCCUCUGAAUCUGAAGAUGGGGAUUCCAGAGGAGAGAUCUUUGACGUCUACAUGGUCACAGCUGACUACGUGCCCGCUGCGCCCGACCGAGAGACCAUCACUUUGAAGGAAGGCCAAUACGUGGAAGUCCUUGAUUCAGCUCAUCCUCUGAAAUGGCUGGUCAGGACGAAACCCACAAAAUCUAGCCCCUCUCGACAGGGCUGGGUCUCUCCAGCUUAUCUGGACAAGAAAUUAAAGUUGUCACCAGAAUGGGGAACAGCAGAAGCUCCUGAGUUCCCUGGAGAGUUUGUUUCUGAAGACGAAUAUAAAAGGAAGUUAAGUGUUCUUAUUCAAGAGCUGUUGAUCUCAGAAGAGGAUUACAUUCAAGAUCUACAGUUCCUCCAGACUCAUCACCUUAAGUACACUGAGACCUGUUCCAAUGUCCCAGGAGCUGUCGUCAGUCAGAAAUCCACCCUCUUCCGAAAUAUUGAUGACAUUGCUCGCUUCCACUCCAGUGUCUUCCUCGGAAGCUUGCAGCAGUGUGACACAGAUGAUGACGUGGCCAUGUGCUUUAUCAAGCACGAAGCAGAGUUUAAUAAGUACAUCCAGUACCUGGUGGGGAGGGUACAGGCUGAGUCAGUUGUUGUCAGCAAAGCUAUCCAGGAUUUCUACAAGAGAUACACAGAUGAAAUUUUAACUAAUGAAGAUCCUUCACAGCCACUUAUCCCACCACUGCAGCACUACCUGGAAAAACCCAUAAACAGGAUCCAGCAGUACCAGACUAUAAUCAAGGAAUUAAUCCGAAACAAAGCAAGAAAUAGUCAAAACUGCACUUUGCUGGAGCAGGCUUAUGCCAUCGUGUCUGCGCUCACCCGAAGGGCAGAAAACAACCUCCAUGUCUCACUCAUAGAGAAUUAUCCAGGGACCCUGGAAAGCCUGGGUGAACCCAUCCGACAGGGCCACUUCAUUGUAUGGGAAGGAGCUCCAGGAGCUCGAAUGGCAUGGAAAGGACACAAAAGACAUGUCUUCCUCUUCAAAAAUUAUAUUGUGAUCUGCAAACCGAAGCGAGACACAAAGACAGACACCUACAGUUACAUCUUCAGGAACAUCAUGAAGCUGAACAACAUCGAUGUGAACGACCUUGUGGAAGGAGAUGACCGGGCGUUCGAGAUCUGGCACGAACGGGAAGACUUGGUGCGCAAGUACCUCCUUCAGGCACGCACAGUGAACAUCAAGAACUCCUGGGUGAAGGAGAUCUGUGGCAUACAGCAGCGGAUCAGUGAGCCCAUCUGGA